CUUCUUUAAUUCUCUCUCUCUCUCUCUCUCUCCCCUUCUCUUUGCAUCCGUCCGCUUUCAGAGUUUGUUGAGCAAAAGGUGGAGUAUAACCUCAGCCUAUCCUCUGAUUCAAGCAAAUUCUUGUUUUGUAGGGUUAGGGUUUCCUCAUAUUCUCACCAGUUCCCGAUUCCCAAUUGAUCCCAAAAAUUUCAUCCAUCCUCGAUCGAUCGCACCCUGGUCUUUCUCAUUUUCCGAUCGUCUCCCUUUUCGCAAAUUAUGGUCGGGAUUUCUCCCAUGGUUUUUAUUUCCACUAUUUCCAAUUCAAAUUUUCUCCCGAUCCUUUCUUCAUCUCACUGUUGUAGAAACUAUAGGUCUUCUCGCUUAUAAUUUUAUUUGGUAAAUAGAGGAAUAAACAAGUUAGGAUUUUUUUUAUGGCGCUUUUUGUGUAAAUGGUCCUUUGUAUGUAGAUAUUGUUAAAAUUUUAAGAUUUUCUGUUAAAUUUGUGUUGUAAUUGUGAUUGUUUUUGUUUCGGGAUUCAACCGAGGCUAUGUAUAUUGAGGAAUUGAAAGUAGGGGAAGUUGGAGGUGUGGAAGAAGGGAAUUCAUGCCCUGGAAAUAACGAUUUUGGUAGCAGAAGCAUCGUUGGUUCGGAUGCCAAACGGGUUUUGAUCGGCGCUGGGGCUCGUGCGCUGUUUUACCCGACUCUGCUUUACAAUGUCAUCAGGAAUAAGCUUCAGGCUGAGUUUCGGUGGUGGGACAAGGUCGAUGAGUUUGUAUUGUUAGGUGCAGUUCCAUUCCCUACUGAUGUGCCCCGCUUAAAGGAAGUUGGAGUUUGUGGAGUCAUCACACUUAAUGAGCCAUAUGAGACUUUGGUUCCAACGUCUCUUUAUCAUUAUCACGGAAUUAACCAUCUGGUGAUUCCUACAAGAGAUUACUGCUUUGCACCAUCACUGAGUGAUACAUGUCGUGCUGUAGACUUCAUUCAUGAAAAUGCAUCUUGUGGACAGACAACAUAUGUUCACUGUAAAGCUGGACGAGGGCGUAGUACGACCAUUGUUAUCUGUUACCUGGUCCAUCACAAGCAGAUGACACCUGAUUCUGCCUAUGAAUAUCUGAAGUCAAUUCGUCCAAGGGUGCUUUUAGCCCCUUCUCAGUGGCAGGCUGUACAGGAAUACUACUAUAUAAUGGUGAAGAAAGCUGUUGUUUACAGCCACAUGACCAAUCUAAUGAUUCGAUCCCUGCAGUCUGUUUCCUCACAGGAUCUAGUUCCAUUCGACGAAGGCUCUGUAGUAGUGAUAACUGAAUCAGAUCUUGAAGGAUAUGAUGCAAAUCACCAGUCAGGUGCUGUGGGAAGUGAGAUAUGGGCAGACUUAAGUGUUGUCUAUCGGGUUCGAGUAGCCGGUCAGGCAGCUCUGGAAAGAAUCUCAUGUCUCGAUGAGGGCUGA